GCCACUUACCAGGUUGGUGACUCGCAAGGACAGAGAAAUGGAAGAACCGCUGUGCUCAGUUGGUUGAACACUCAUGGAUCGGGGACCUUGACCUGAUGUGAGGUCAGCACGUUGGGGGAUGGGUCCAUAUGUCUCAGAUUUUCCAGAACAGGAGUUUCAGGGGUGCAGCAAAGGGAGCUUGGAAUCUUGCUGCAUGUAUCGUCAUCCCUGCCAUUGCUGCUCCUCCUCCCCUGUACAGUGACUCCCCACAUCUGUGGGUGACCAUGCUCGGCCUUUCCUGGUCCCUCCAUUUGCUCAGCACCUGUUUAUUAUGCACUUGACAUAGGCCGUGCUCUGGGCACUGUGGGCUCCAUGUGCUCAGUCUCUCUGGGGCAACAUAUGGUUCUAGCCAGAGCGGGGAAAAGAGAGACCCAGGGCACUCAGAAGGAUACUCAGCUUGCUCUCAAGUGCUCCUACAACUCUUGGAGAAGACGGCAGAUAAAGUGCAGUCUGGAGGACCGGGAAAAAUUAGGUGCAAAGAGAUUUUAGAACAAAAGAAUAAUAGAGGCAAAGGCUGAGAAGAUGGGGAUCGGGGAUAACGGCAAGGGCAAGGAGACAAGAAGCCCAAGCGAGCUUCAGGGUGGAGUUAGGGGCUAGAACACAGUUUUGUGAGAAGUUGCCACCUGCCGCUGAAAAGUUGCAGGAUUGGGGUCUUGUUUCACUAACCUUUGCUUCUCCCUGUGCCCAAGACCAUGGCUCAUGUGCCAACCAACAUUUGUUAUCUGUCUUUUUCAUUUUAGCCAUCUUAGCAGGUGUAAAGCGGUAUCUCACUGUGGGUUUGAUUUGCAUUUCUCUGGUAGUCAUGAUGUCAAGCAUCGUUUCAUGUUGCCUACAGGGCAUUGGUGUAUCUUCUUUGAAGAACUGUCUAGUCAAAACCUUUGCCCACUCUUAAUUUUUUUUUAACGUUUAUUCAUUUUUGGGAGACAGAGCGUGAGUGGGGGAGGGGCAGAGAGACACAGACUCCAAAGCGGGCUGCAGGCUCUGAGCUGUCAGCACAGAGCUGGAUGCGGGGCUUGAACCCACAGACCAUGAGAUCAUGACUUGAACUGAAGUCGGAUGCGUAACUGACUGAGCCACCCAAGCGCCCCAACCUUUGCCCAUUCUUUAGCUGGAUUAUUUAUCUUUUUACCAUGGAGUUGUUUAGAUACGUAUUCCUUAUCAGAUACCUAAUUUGAAAAUAUUUCGUGCCAUUUUGUGGGUUGCCUUUUUGCUUUCUUGAUGAUAUCCUUCAAAUCUUGAAACGUUUUAAUUUUGAUCAAGUUGUUUACUUUAUUUUUUAUCACUUAUCCAGGAAGGCUUUGCAUUUUUAAAAUUCCAGUAUAGUUAACAUACAAUAUUAUAUUAGUUUCAGCUGUACAACAUAGUGAUUCAACACUUAUAUAUGGUAUAAAAUGAUCACCAUAAUAAAUCUACUUACCAUCUCUUACCAUACAAAGUUAAUACAGUUUUACUAUUUUCCAUGUGCUAUACGUUACAUCACGAUGACCUAUUUAUUUUAUGACUAGAAGUUUGCACCUCUUAAUCCCUUUCACCCAUUUCACCCAGUCCCAAAUCCCCUUCUCCUCUGGCAACCAUCAGUCUGUAUUUGUGAAUCUAGUUUUGAUUUGUAUGUCCAUUUGUUUUGCUUUUUAGAUCCACAUAUAGCUGAAAUCAUAUGGUAUUUAUCUUUCUCUAAUUUAUUUCACUUGGCAUAAUAACCUCAAGGUCCAUCCAUGCUGUUUGUUCUUUAUUAUGGCUGAGUAAUAUUUUAUUACCCGGUUCCAACGUUCCAGCCAUUCUGUGCCUCACUGGAGUGCUGCUGCUUGAUGGCCAUCCCCAAGAGCCCUCUGAGCCCCAUGCCCUGGGAACAGGAUGGUUUCCUACGUGUGAAGGUGGAGGAUGAGGAGGCUAGCCUCUCUGAGGUCCAGGAAUCUAGCCCUGGCCACACUGUCCACCCUGAGGCUGCACGUCUUCGCUUCCGGCGCUUCUGCUAUGAGGAGGCAUCCAACCCACAUGAGGCCCUGGCCCAGCUCCGUGAACUGUGCCACCAGUGGCUGCAGCCUGAAGCACAUUCCAAGGAGCAGAUGCUAGAGUUGCUGGUGCUGGAGCAGUUCCUGGGUGCGCUGCCACCCAAGAUCCAGUCGUGGGUGGGUGCCCAGUUCCCCAAGAGUGGUGAGGAGGCUGCCAUGCUGGUAGAAGGUCUGACUCGGUCACUGGACAAGAGAGGACAGGAACCAGGAGCUGAGCUCUCAGAGUCAAGCUGCAAGCAGAAUGAUUUGGAAGAGUCCGAGCCACUGGGUAGGGCCACUGAAACCCUCGCGGGAGGUGGUUCCCGGGGACCUGCCUUUGGUGAUGCUUGUGAACCUGAAGGCAGCUCAGAGAGGCAGGCAGGACUCUCAGGGGAAAUCUGGACAAAGUCUGUCCCCCAAGAGAUGGAUUGCAGGAAAACUUCAGAGCCUCACAAGGAUGUUCCCACAGACCAGACCAGCUGUGAACCUGGUGCCUUGGGGAAUAGUCCCAACAUGUGGCCAAAUUUCAUCUCACAAGAGAAGACACCAGAAGAGAAAUUUGAUCCAUUGGAUGGUUAUGGGACGGAGUCGCCAUGCGUAUACUCAAGGAGGAAGUCUUCCAAGUGUGGUGAAUGUGGGAAAACAUUCCAGAGCCCCUCCGCCCUCAAAGCACACCAGAAGAGCCAUUUUCGGAAGACACCCUACACCUGUAGUGAGUGUGGGAAAGCCUUUAGCCGGAGCACUCACUUGGCCCAGCACCAAGUCAUCCACACGGGGGCAAAGCCCCAUGAGUGUAAAGAGUGCGGGAAGGCCUUCAGCCGGGUCACCCACCUAACUCAGCACCAGAGGAUCCACACUGGAGAAAAACCCUACAAGUGCAGGGAAUGUGGCAAAACCUUCAGCCGCAGCACCCAUCUCACCCAGCACCAGCGGGUGCACACAGGGGAGAGGCCCUAUGAGUGUGACGAGUGUGGGAAGGCCUUCAGCCAGAGCACCCACCUGACUCAGCACCAGCGCAUCCACACCGGGGAGAAGCCCUACAAGUGUGACGCUUGUGGAAGAGCCUUCAGUGACUGCUCAGCUCUGAUCCGCCACCUGAGAAUCCACUCUGGAGAGAAGCCGUAUCAGUGUAAGGUUUGUCCGAAGGCCUUUGCACAGAGCUCCUCCCUCAUUGAGCACCAGAGAAUCCACACAGGAGAGAAGCCGUACAAGUGCAGCGACUGUGGAAAGGCCUUUAGCCGCAGCUCAGCCCUUAUGGUUCACCUGAGGAUCCACAUCACAGUACUGCAGUAACCCAAGAAAACUCUCGGGACACAGUAUCCUCCCCUCAGAGGCUCAACAUCUAAGAAAAACCCUGAGUUCCAAAAGAACAAAGAAUGGGGUGGGUGAUAGUACCCCAAAAUGAUGAGGUGCUAAAGGGCAGACUCUGGGGCUGUCUGGGAACAACUCUGCAUUUGGAGACCCAGAUGGAGGCGCCUAAUGAACACAAAGCUAUUCAAACCAUCUGGAGAAGCUUCCAGAAGGAUCCUGCUGCCCUCCAUACCCCACUCAGGCCCAUCUCAGAGAAAGGACAGCUGAGGUGAGGACUUGGAUUUGUCUUCAGAGCCAGGGCAAGUGAAGUUUCUUUUGGGACUCAGUGGUCCCAAGAUGCUCUGGGCAGGAAGGCUCCAGCUUCAUGUUCCCAUGUGGCUGCUCUUGCCUUUUCCUCCCCUGUUUAGCCCAGGAGGGGUACCGGCCCUCGCCCACCUCCGUGCCUUCACGCCUAUUGUUUCACUCCACCUAUUCACGUCUAACUCUAAGGCCAACCUGUGAGGCUGCCUCUUAUGUGAGGCCUUCUCCGGGCCCUCUGUCUGUUUCACAAUCUCCCUUAAUUGAGGGUGCAGCCUGAUGCUUGCCCAGCAUCCAUUUCUCCCUGCCCUCCCCUUCCACAUCCCAUCAGUCAUCAGCCCUGUUGGUUUUACUGAAAACUCACCUCUAAUCAUCUUCUCCACCUUCGUCACUUUCUGUGAGCCCUCAUCACCUCUCAUCUGGAUUCCAUCUGGGGUCUCUUGCCUUCAUUCUCUCCCCCGACCUCUCCCAUUGUUUGAUUCUCCACACCAGGGGGCUCUUUCUACAACCCAAACCUGAUUGUGUCACUCCAUGGUGGAAAGCUCUUCAGUGUACCUUCUACGGCAAACCUUCCUGAAUGGUUUAUAAGUAUGCCAAGACAUAACUCACUUUGAGCCCCGAACAAGCUCUCCAGGUACCCUCAUAUGUACAUGUGAAUAUUGUCAUUUUUGUGUGUGUGCAGUGAUGUGAAAAUGGUUUCAGAGUACUGCCCUGUGGGAAUAAUGGCAAACUCCUUCACCUGCAAUUUAUGAUCAUUUGUGACCUGGCCCCAGCCUUGUCUAUCGUAGUCCCUCCACCUUCCACACACCAGUCACGUGGAACUACUUGUGGUUCCUGAAGAAGCCAUAUUUUCCCCACCUACGUGCCUCUGUAACUGUGCCUGGAAACCUCCUCUUCUCUUUCCUCCCUGGCGUUUCACAUAGCCCUCCCUAACAAAGCCUCCCCUAGCUCUCUGAGCUGACUUCAACUUGCCUUCUGUGCUUCCAGAACACCUCCUUAACUUCUCAACUUCCUGUCAUGUUUAUUUACUCCUUGCAGAGCUCGCAGUCUGUUUCCCAAAGACACUGAGAGCUUCCAAAAGCAGGGGCUGGGUCUUAUUCUCAGUACCCAUAGCACAGGACUCAGUAGGCUCUGACCUGUGUCUUCUGAAUGAAUAUACUGUGACCGGUGCCUUCCUGGAAGCAGUCAUCAUGCUCCGCCCUGCGUCGGCCUGAUGUAUGUCUACAUUGUUGUCUCCCCCAACAGCCCUGGGCCCUGCAGGGCAAGAGCAAUCUGAUUUUCCCAGAGCCCCACCCAUCAGACAAGCCUGGCAUACAGUGGCCUCGAUAAAAUGUUACCAUAUUGAGUCUGCCCUUUUUGUCACCCCAGAAUCCCCCUGGUGUCAUGGACUCUGUGGUUGCCAGCAUGCUGUCAGUGUGCUGUCUGGCCUCUCACGGUUCUGUAUCCCUGACCCUCUUUCAGGGUCCAUGUCUGUAACUGAAUGUCACAGCCUCUAUUCUUAACUGUCAGGUUGUCAAUCUUCCUCUCUUUCUUUGAUGAUCCCAUUGCAUGUUAACCAUUUGACCUGCCAUACAGUUGUGUACUGCUCAUAUCUCCCUGUGUUUCUUCUUGUGUCUUGGACUUGUCCCCUCUGUGUCACAAGUAAAGAGUCACAGAAACCAAGGAGUGAGGUUCAGAACAGGAAGGUUGAGACCCAGGGAAACAGAGAUCUUGUGUCAGUAUCUCUGAGAGAGUCCCAGAUACACCUGUCCACAGGCAGACUGCCACACAGUGAAGCCAAGGCUGAGAGACGCAGAGAAUGUGAACAGGGAAAAGCUCAGAUGAGAGAUACACGUUGCUGGUUAAACAGUCACACAGGCCUCCAACAAGCCCGCAGGAAGUGGAAAAGAUGUAGGCCCAAGUCACGCUGCAAACAGCACUCCUCCUCAGGGCUGCUUUUGGGAUCCCGGGUAAGUGACUUCCCUGAACCUCAGUGACCUGCCCAUCUGUAAAGCAGGAAUAAGAUGACCUGCUUUGUGCAGCACCCAACCCAUGGCCUGGCCAUUGGCUCUGACUUGGAGCAUCUGUCUCCACCUCCUGCCCUCACUCUCCUGGUGUUUGGCACUAAAGAGCAGAAUCUCCACCUCUGGUGCUCUGAGCAUCUCCAGCACCCACUUUGUCAUAAGAUUUGUGUCUUCCUAUGUUUGUCUAAAGGGGGAAGAGGUCAGGAGAAAAAAGGAAUCUUUACUGAGCGUCCACAUGUGUUGUUCAGUCUGCCAAAUAAUUUAUGUACAUCAUCUCCCAACACUGAGGGCAGGACCACCAUCCCCACUGUAAGGGACAUGGGGUUGGAGAACAUGAGUGGCCCUGACGUGUACGCUGACAGGGACUGGACACACUGGGAUUUGAAAGCACAUCCAAAUAUGUCAGCAGUUUCAAUAAGCACUACUUAUCAACAAAGUAAGACAAAUACUAACAUUGUAUUUCUUUCAAA